AUGUUGUCCAAUCUUAUCUUAUCACUAUUUGAUACUGUAAGUGCAGUCUGCCUCACUGGAAACUGUGGUCCAAACUAUGAGUUAUAUGCAUGUAGUGAUUCAUCAAGCUUUAUGGAUGGAAGCAGUCCUGAGCAUUUGUUUAUUGUUCCGGCUGCACCUGCUGCAGCACCUGCUGCUGAAGUCAAGGCCUUCUAUGGAGCAGAUAUUACCAAUGCUUGCACAGGUGCUCUUCUGCCCCCAAUAGCCGUUAAAUCGUUUGACUAUUUGAGAAACGGAUCUAUUAUUUCAAGAUAUAGAAGGUGCAUGAAGAAAAACUGCAACAAGUUUGAAUGUGAGUUCAAAGAGCCUUUUAUAUUUUGCACAAAGAAGAGCCUCUGCAAGUGUCUUACUAAGGAGCAAUUCUGCAGUGCCGUGCAUGCUACAAUUAGAAUAAUCAGUGGAAAAAGAUGUGUUUAUAUACCUGAAAAAGCAGAGGCCGUAAUUGAAAGCAUUUACUGUGCAGCUGUUGAAUGUGGUGCCACUGUGGAACAGCUCAUAAACUUUACUGCUAUUUCUCUUCACAAUGUAUACCUCUUCACAUACUUCCCACGUCCCAACUUCUAUGAUACGAGUAUUGGAUGCACAACAAGAGGUUUAUUGCAACUACUCAGUCUUAAUGCUUAUGAGAAAAUCACUAGUGUGAGUGAGAUUGAUUAUCUACAAAAGCCAUUCUUGCUUGACACAUUCACAAGGGUUACCAUCCAUGAUGAGUUCAGAACAUUCUUGAGAUUUUACAAUAACUACGAUACGUACGGUAUUGAAUCAUUCAUUACAAGUGUUCAUCUUCUUCAGUCAAGAGAAGCUGAACUUGUAAAUAUUAAGUCAGCUAUUGAAGUACUUAAUGGCACAUACCGACCAAGAAAUAUUCUUGAGGAGAGAGUUUUGCACAGAUUCAAUAUUUACUUUGUUCUCACCAAUCAAAUAUUCAGCAGGCCUCGUGUUUUAGGACCAAAGGCUUAUGAAAAUUAA